UCUGAAUCAACAGAUGAUAAUUUUUACUUUUUGUUUAAAUAAUUAAAUUCCCAAUUAAGCAUUAAAUGCCAAAUUAAAUGGCCACAAAAUGAGCCGCGAUGAUCACAUGAAAUGGUUUCACGGUAAUUUAUCCCGUGAAGCAGCUGAUGAUUUGCUAAAACAAGGUUACCCAGAUGGUACGUUCUUGGUGCGGGAGAGCAGCACGGCAGCUGGUGACUUUGUAUUGAGUCUACUUUACCAGGACGAAGUGUGCCAUUAUCAAAUUCGUCGCCAUGGGGAAGAUGCCUUCUUCUCUAUUGAUGACAAGGUGCAAACUAAGAUUCUCCAUGGCUUGGAUACGUUGGUAGAGUACUAUGAGCAGGAAUCAAAUGGCUUGGUUACAGCAUUAACCAAUCCACUUAUACGUGAUCCACCGCCCCACAAUACCCGAAGUCAUGGAGUGACCAAUUUACUCCAUCGUGCUACCUCGAAGAAUGAGAGUAAAGUGGUUUUCGAAUUACUCAAAUGUGGCUAUCGUAAUUUCGAUGCCAAGAAUCAGGAUGGACAGACGGCAUUGCAUUUGGCAGCUCUAUAUAGUGAUGAGGAUAUAUUAAAACUUUUGCUGGAUGCCAAGGUUCAGGUCAAUAGCUCGGAUUCCUUUGGAUGUCAGCCACUGCAUUAUGCCUCACGAACAAAGCCAGCUGCAUUUAUACGCACCCUAAUAAAUGCCCAGGCCAAUGUUCAGGGCCGAAACAUAGAGAAUGGUUAUGUGCCACUUCACGAUGCCGCCAAGUACGGCAAUUUGGAGGCUGUUCAAGAACUUUUAGCAGCACAGGCUCCACUUUUGCCACGUACCAGCUCUGGUGAAUUUCCCUUUGAUUUGGCCAAAGAGGCGGGACAGACUGCUGUAGAGGACUAUCUACUCAAGUAUAAGAUGCCUUCUGCAACUACCAGCAAAGAGCAGUGGUAUCAUGGUACUUUAAAGCGUGAGGAGGCGGUGGAUAUACUUAAAAAGUAUGCCAAGGAACUAACCGACAAAGAUUCACAAGUGGACACAUCCGGAUGCUUUCUGGUCCGUUAUUCCGAAUCGGCAGCCGCCAUUGGUUAUGUAUUAACAUUACUCUGUGAUCAGACAGUGAAAAAUUUUCGCAUCUCUCAGGCGGAUCUCUAUCAAAAUGGCAAUAAAUUGCAAACGGGAGCAUCAAAAUUCUUGUAUAUAGACGAUGGUCCUUAUUGGCCAAGUCUGGAACAUUUGAUUGCCCAUUUUAUGGUAUUUUCCUAUGGUCUACCAGUGAGUCUUAAGUAUCCAGUGCCUCCAAAGCCCAAGCCAGAGGUUCCUUCCUUUGCCACAAUACCACGUUCCCUUGCUAGACGCGACAAUCAUCAACCCAUGACACCGCCCACACCCCCGACACCAACCACGACAACCCAUUCCCAUGUGCCAGUUCCAACCAGUACAAAGAAAAAGGAGAAAAAAGAUAGCAGCAGUUCCGUGUUUAAUUCAUUGCGUUUGACCAGUCCCAAGAAGGGGCUCUUUGACAUGAAUAGCUUGAGAAAAAGCAAGUCGAAGAACAAACGCAGCGAAUCUGAGAGCAGUGCUAGCGGCAUGUCCCUGGCACAAACUGUUGAGGAAUUACAAGCUGCUGCUCCCAUGAUAAAAAGUCUAUCAUUCUCCACAGAUUUUGCCAAACUCAAUGUGGAUGCUGCAGUUGGAGCUGGAGGAGAGUUAUAUAAUGUGCCUCGCAAUAACACGCCCAUUGACAUUGAGCUGCCGCCCAUUGCCCAGAAGACUGAAGCAGAAGUUGAGUAUUUCACCCAGAGCGAUGUGAUCAUUGAAAAGCAGCGACUCAAUGCCACGUUCAAUGGCUAUGUACCGACUGUAGAUGUGCAUAUGCUAAUGGAUCAUCCAUUGAAACCACCAGCAGCAGCUCGACUUGAUUCUCUAAUCUCCACGGGAUCCACAGAAAGUGAAAUGGCUGGUUAUUUGCAGCGUAAAUGCAGUGGCUCUGCCGCAACACCAACAUCAGCUGCCUUGAAGUCGGCUAAAUUGAGAUUCUUCAUAAAGCGUGAACAACUCGAACUGGAAGAGGAGAUUGGAGCUGGUGAAUUUGGUUCUGUGUACAAGGGUUGGUUAAACAAGUCGCCCGCUGGCCGGCAAGAGGUGGCCAUAAAAACACUGAGAGAUGAGCAUAGCAACAAAGAUGAAUUCUUGCGCGAAGCAUCGGUUAUGAUGAGGCUGGAACACAAGUGUAUAGUACGUCUUAUAGGCAUAUCUAAAGGCGAAAUGCUGAUGAUGGUUCAAGAGCUAGCUCCUUUGGGCUCUAUGUUGCAGUAUAUACUCGAUCACAGUGCCGAUAUAAAAGUCAAUCAGGAGCUAAAGUUGUGGGCAUCGCAAAUCGCUUGUGGCAUGCACUAUUUGGAAACUCAGCACUUUGUCCAUCGUGAUUUGGCCUGCAGGAAUAUAUUGUUAACCUCACGUCAUCAGGCCAAGAUCAGUGAUUUUGGGAUGUCGCGUUCCUUGAGUGCUGGCAGCGAUGAGUAUCAGUUUACGCAAGGCGGACGAUGGCCCAUACGCUGGUAUGCGCCGGAGAGUUUCAAUAAUGGCAUAUUUUCACAUGCCAGCGAUGUUUGGUCAUUCGGUGUGACACUCUGGGAAAUGUUCUCAUUGGGUGCUCCACCCUAUGGGGAUAUACGUAAUGUGGAUGCCAUAAAAUUGGUCGAUAGUGGACAACGUUUGCCCCAACCCGAUCUCUGUCCUGCCUAUAUUUAUGCUGUUAUGCAAAGCUGUUGGCUGGAACGACCAAAAGAGCGUCCUAAUUUCGCUUAUCUUAUGGAAUUCUUUACACGCGAUCCGGAAUAUCAGAAUCUACUCGAAUUGGUGCCCACAAUUCAUGUCUAAUUCUAAACAGAAAUUCAAAAUUUUACCCUAAAUUCGGUUAAAUAAUUUAUAAGUUCAUGUCUAAUACAAUGUCUUUGUCUCUUUGUUGAUUUUUAAUUCCAUGCGUUAUGUGUCAUGUUUACUUUGGACUCGUCAAAUGUUGCACAUCACGAGUAUUAUUGCAUAUAUAAUAAUAAUAAUUAAUCAGUUUUUUGUAAUAUAUAAACUAUAAUUAUAUAAUAUAUUUUUUAUACAACUCUAUAGUGUCAAAGCAGCAAAGCAAGUGCCUUACUACAAAUAUAAAUAUAUAUUUUUAAAACAUUAAAA